AUGAUUCCGGCCUUGAUCUUUAGUUUUUUAUUACCUUUAUCGUUCGGUCUGUUAACCAGACAUUUUCCGUGGUCAACAAUCAAGAAUCCGGAGUUCACGUACGAAACGAAAUACUUUUGGACCAGGGUGGACCACUUUUCUUUCGUAAACGAUGAAAAGUUCCUCAUCAGGUAUCUAAUUAACAACGAGUCGUUCACUCCGGGUGGUCCGAUACUUUUUUACACAGGCAAUGAAGGUCCUAUAGAAACUUUUGCAGAGAAUUCAGGGUUUAUUUGGAAGCUUUCUCGGGAACUUAAUGCCUCUGUUGUUUUUGCCGAACAUCGGUAUUACGGGACGUCUCUUCCAUUCGGGAAUAAUUCUUUCAAAGACCGUCAGCACUUUGGUUACCUAACUGCAGAGCAAACGUUGGCUGAUUAUGUGCUUCUAAUUAAUCAACUGAAAGCUAAUUACUCAUGCUUCGCUUCAUCACCUGUAAUCGCUUUCGGAGGAUCCUAUGGUGGUAUGCUCUCUGCUUGGAUCAGACAAAAGUAUCCUAAUCAAAUAGCCGGUGCCAUAGCUUCUUCUGCACCAGUAUGGCUGUUUCCCGGAUUAUCUGACUGCAAUGGUUUCAGUAUGAAAAUAACAAAUAGCUUUCUGAAAUAUGGUGGCGAGAAUUGUGUAAAGAAUAUACAACUUUCUUGGAGUAAUAUUGUAGACAUUGGCCAAAGUGUUGAUGGGAAAGAAUUAUUAACUCACAUGUUUAACAUCUGUACGCCUUUAACUGAUGUUCAGAAUAUCAUAGACUACUUAUCCGAUUUUUUGGGAAUAAUAUCUAUGGUCAAUUAUCCUUACCCAGCUAGCCUGAUUCUUGCUUUACCUGAAUGGCCAGUCAAGUAUUUGUGUACCAACCUAUCUGAAUAUGACCCUCAACAACCUGUGGUAACCAGAAUAUCUUUAUUAGCUAAGGCUGUACUAUCACUGACGAAUUAUACUGGAAAUCAAACGUGUUUAGAUGUUUCAAUGAAUUUGCCAAAUCUUGACGUUAAUGGAUGGGAUUUACAGGCUUGCAUGGAGAUGGUAACACCUACGUGUGCAUCAGGACCGGUAAACAUUAUGCCUCCAUCAAAUUGGGACCUUAAGACUUACUCAAUCUAUUGUCAAAAUCGAUUUGGUGUAAGUCCGCGUGUCGAAUGGCCAAAAGUUGAAUUUUGGAGUAAAUCAGUAUAUACUGUUACCAAUAUAAUCUUCAGCAAUGGUGAGAUUGAUCCAUGGUCAGCAUUUUCAAUUACAAAUAAUAGUUAUGUCCCAUUUGCUACAGUGAUCAAUAUGUCUGAUGCUGCUCAUCAUUUGGAUUUGAGAACUCCUAACCCGGCUGAUCCUCAAAGUGUGGUUGAAGCAAGAGAAAUUGAAAAACAGAAAAUAAUUCAAUGGAUAAAAGAAUGGAACCUUAAAUACAAAUUGUUAAAAUUUUUCAAUGGAAUUGUAUCAUUCAUCUCUUUACUAGAUUACCUUGGCUAA